ACUCCGGUUGUGAAGGGGUUAACGCGGAGGGCGGAACUCGGCACCGGCUACAGUAGAUGAUCGCAAUAUAUUGAUAGCGAGAGAUACUGAGACGCUACAACGCUCGGAGGAACGUUUUGGAAAUACUAUUUGGAUUUCAUUUGCACCGUGACGCGCACGCAUUAAGCUUCGCGUCUUUCUGGAUGAUAGAGAGGGAACGCGACGUGAGUGUGACGCGUCGCGCAGAUUCCGAAGCGGAUACAAAUGCGUUUGUGAAUGUAUCGCGUGCACUCAAACCGGGGUCGCUUACAGAUGCGCGGGCGCGGGUCUCAGUGCGCAGAGGUUUUACACAGCUGGGAGGAACCCAAAGGCGCAAUGCUCGUAGUUCACGCAUCAGGGUUCGAACCCGCACCCGUCGGGUCACCCGCCUCCGGUGUGUGAGCAUCCGCGCGCGACAGUCAUGUUGCCCGGGGUGGGUGUGUUCGGCACCAGUCUGACCACCCGGGUCAUCAUCCCUCUGCUGAAGAGCGAGGGCUUCUCGGUGAAGGCGCUGUGGGGUCGCACGCAGGAGGAGGCGGAGGAGCUCGCGCGCGACAUGAACGUGCCCUUCUACACCAACCGGAUCGAUGACGUGCUGCUGCAUCCGGACGUGGAUCUGGUGUGCAUCAACCUGCCUCCGCCGCUCACGAGACAGAUCGCCGUUAAGACUCUGGGAAUUGGCAAAAACGUGAUCUGUGACCGGACGGCGACGCCGCUCGAUGCUUUCCACAUGAUGUCGGCGGCCCAGUACUACCCGAAGCUGCUGAGCAUCAUGGGUAAUGUGCUGCGUUUCCUCCCCGCCUUCGUCCGGAUGAAGGAGCUGCUGGAGGAGGGUUACGCGGGCGAGCUCCUGGUCUGCGAGGCGCAGGUUCACGGCGGGAGUCUCCUCGGGAAGAAGUACAACUGGAGCUGUGAUGACCUGAUGGGGGGCGGCGGGCUGCAUUCGGUCGGGAGCUACAUCAUCGACCUGCUCACGUUUCUAACGGGUCGGCGUGCGGCGAAGGUGCACGGCUUCCUCAAGACGUUCGUCAAGCAGACGGAUCACAUCCGUGGGAUCCGACAGAUCACCAGCGACGACUUCUGCACCUUUCAGAUGGUGCUUGAAGGAGGCGCGUGCUGCACGGUCACGCUCAAUUUUAACGUCCCGGGGGAGUUUCGGCAGGAGGUUGUGGUGGUCGGUACGUCUGGAAGGUUGACGGUUUGCGGGACGGAUUUGUACGGACAGAAAAACGAUGGUGGAAAAGGACAGGAGCUGCUUUUAAAGGACAACACGGCUGUCGGGAACGCGUCUUUACCGGACAAAGCGUUCCGGGACAUCCCGUCUCCGUAUCUCACCGGCACCAUCUGCAUGGUUCAAGCCGUACGGCAGGCGUUUCAGGAUCAAGACGACCGGCGAACGUGGGACGGACGGCCGCUGACGAUGGCCGCCACUUUUGAGGACUGCCUUUACGCGCUUUGCGUCGUGGACACGAUCAAAAAGUCCAAUCAGUGCGGCGAGUGGCAGAACAUCGAGGUGAUGACGGAGGAACCGGAAAUCAGUCCUGCGUACCUGAUCAGCGAGGCAAUGCGGCGCAGCCGGAUGUCACUGUACUGCUAACAUAGGGCUGGAUGAUAUUGAGAACAAUUAUAUCACGAUAUAUCGCUUAAUUUCGGUUGAUAUGAUAUAGAUUCCUUUCCCUUGACUUCCUUUCAUGCACAUGCAAAUGCAUCAGAAUGGAAAUGCAUGCCUGUGCAAAAAGUUUUGCAUUUCGCUUUGCAAUUCAAAGAUCAAGCAAUCCACAUGCUUUUAGUCUAGUGCGACUCUGGCUAUUACUCCGAUAUUGAUUUUAACAAUUAAACAUAAUGUUAAAUUAAAUUAAAACGAAGACAGUCGGUUUCCUACAAAUAUACAGAUACGUUUUAACCACAUUGUGAAGCAAUGUAUAUGAAACACUGGAAAUGUAUAUCGGAAAUGGUUAAAAUUCAUAUCACCGUUAUUGAAGUAAUAUAUCGCGGUAUAUAUUGUUCUUAAAUUAUAGUCCAGCCUUAUGAGCGAGCGUGCAUCCUUGCAUUUUGAGAUUAAUGCAUUCGAAGCAUUUGGAAAACUGGAGAAGUACAUGCAACUGAAGGAAAUAUGCGUUUGUGCCUCUUGCACGGAGUUUGGCUUGUGUUUCAAUGCGUUAAAACAUCGGCUGCUGGGAGUUUUUGUGUCAAGUUUGCAAUAAAUCUGCUUUCGGAUGAACCGACAGCCACGCUUUGCUGAAAUGCCUUUGUACUUGUGACAUGUUUGUAGUUAGUGCAAAGAACAAACAUGCAGUUUGACUUUGGUUUGCAAGACUUUUUUUCAACGUUGUCUAUCUGUGCAACCCAGACAAGGUGCAGCAUCUGUCAGCAUGUGUUUGCAUGCUAGCGUUAGCAUAGCGAACAUAGACUUCUGCAUCAAACAAUGCCUGCAAAUGCAUGAAAUCUCGCACCGUAACCAACAGGAUUUUGCUAUGUAUUAUGAGAUCAAUCCGGACAAAAACAAAGAUGUUUCUGCUUUGUUCGUACUGUUAUAUUUAAAAUCCCAAUGUUUGUGUGUUUUAACUGGUAUCUUGAUUGUUAUGGCUGUACCUGUGGCUUUUACAGUCCUUUGUUUUUUUCACCUGAAAGAUUUUUAAUAGUAAAUCUCCCAAAUAUGAAAUUGCAAACAUCACAUUAACUGUCAGUGGUUCUCAACUGGUUUUGCUCAAUCAUGCAUACAUCACGUGGUGACCCAAAAGUGCACAAAAAUCUCCUUCAAAUCAAACACUUAAAUGAUAUUAUACACUACAGGUCAAAAGUUUUGAGCAAGUUUUUAUACUUUUAAGACCUGUUAUUAAUAAUUGAGCACCAAUAAUAAUUGAGCAAUAAUAAUAAUGAGUUUAGAAUGAUUUCUGAAGGAUCAUACUGACAAUUCAACUUUGAAUUACAGGAAUAAAUUACAUAUUACAAUAUUUUUAAAUAGAAAUUGAUUAUUUGAAAUUGUAAUAAUAUUUCACAAUAUUAAUGUUUUUAUUGAAUUUUUUAUGAAAUAAAUGCAGCUUUGGUGAGCAGAAGAGACAAACAACAUUUCAAAAUCUAGAUUAUUUCAGGAUAUAAUAUUGAUAUUUUAUAGAUUAAACCUGAGCAUGAGCUGUUUAGCUCCAAAUACAUGCAAAGGUAUUAACAUUAGACUUAACAGGAAACCACAUUUGUAAAUGUUCAAAUAAUAAUAAAAAAAUUUUUUUAAUGUCACCUGAGGUUUUUACUUUAUUUAGUUCUUUUGGUAUCAAACAACCUUUAUAUGUCUAAUUUAAUUCUCUUCUACCAAAUGACAGAUUAAUUGGUUGAAAUAGAGUAGAGUUUGAUUGGACGAAUGAAAGAAAGAUACAUUUUCCUUUUAAAGCCUGUUUGACUUUUAUAGUUGCAUUUGGUUUCUUAUUUCCCCUUCGAAACAGUAAGUUGAGAACCACUGCUCGAGACUGUUGCAGAAGAGCGUUGCACUUCUAUGAGGGCUAGUAAAUGCAUUUUUAAGACUGAAAAAACAUAAACCAAAAUGCUUCAGACACGCUAAAGGUGCUAGAAACGUUUCAGUCUGAAGAUAUAUUGGUGUAUAUCUACAUAAUUCAUAUUUGAAUGCAGUUGUCACUACUGAAACUUUGCAGUGUGUGUGGCUGGAGACUCCAGUUAUCAAGAGUAGGAAAUGACGAUUAAUGUACAGAAAACAUUUUAAAAUCAGAUUUUUGAGUCUGUAUGUUUUGCUAAUCUUAUAUGUCGACUAGGAUCUGUUCGCUGUAUGCAUGCACUGAAGACCGGUGUGUUGACGAUCGUCCAUCACUGUGCAACUUCUCACUGCGUCACGACGGCUUUAUAUCAGCCUCGUGACGAAAGACUGAGUCCAAUCAUGUGGCUGUGUUUUAUGCGUAUUUUAUGCUGCUUGGAGAAACACCUGCUGUAAUUUACUGGAAACAUGCUCUGUGUAGUUUAUAAAUGGUAUUUAUUUCUUAGUGUUUCAUAUCAAAUCAGGAAGUGUGUGUACUGUGAGACAGGAAAUAGAGGCCUUUGCUUGUGCAUUUUUUACAGGAAGUGUGAUAGAGUCACAGUUUAAAAGUCCCAAACUAAACCUGCCCUGGCUUCCCUCACAAACGUGACGCCAACCAACACUUGGUCAAGAUAAUCUUGAAGGAAAAAUCAUCUCUGUUGGACUAGAGAAUAUUUAGCAUCGUUUCCUCUCAGAAGCAUAUUAAUAAGGCUGCUAGAGUUAAUAUUUCUGCUAACAAGAGACAUAAGCUGAACAUUUUGACUGAGCUAUUACAUGCUCGAUCAUAAUGGAAUGUAAUUUAUUUGAGGAGGCAGAUCUUUUACAUUUAUAUUAACAAGCCAAAACUCAAAUUCUAGCUUUAAACUGCUGCAAUCAUCUGGUUUCAGGCUUUUGUUGUUGUUGUUGUUUAAUAUUUUGCAGAAGGUAAAUUAAUGUAGUGAUAAAGCCACAUGGAUUCAUGCUAGCAUUAUGAGAGUCGCUAUGGACAGAGGAGGAGGAGGUUAAAAACUUUGAAGGUUGUAAUUUCAUAAUUUUGAUAAUUAUGACAUGAAAUUAACAUAGUAUAGGCUACACUGUAUGGAAGCCCAAUUCUGCCAUAAAAGAAAAAAAACAUACUUAAAAAAAAGUGUCAAAAAGUUUAAAUCGUGAGAUAUAAAAAUGAGAUAAUAAUUCUGAAGUCAAAAUUGACAUAUCAGAUUAUGGCAAAAAAUGUUUAUACUUUUGAGAUAAUAGGUCAUUAUGAUCAUUAUGAAGUCUAAAUUAUUACAGAGCCCAAUUAUGAGAUAACGUCAAAAUUAUGACAUUAAAAAGUCUUUGAAAUUUCAUUAAAAUUUCAUUGAAAUUUCAUUAAAAUGUCAAUGUUUUUAUCCUUUUUUAUCUCAUAUUUUGACAUUUUGUCAUAACGCUGUCCAUUUAUGUCUUACUUUAGAAUUAGUAUUUCAUAAUUUAGAAUUAUGUCAAUUUGAUGAUAUCAUAAUUUAAACUUUUUUUGUCAUAACUAUGAUUAUCUCAUACAUUAGACUUAUGUCAUUUUGGAUUUUCUUAAUAGUUCAAGUCACCUAUCUCAUAAUUUCGACUAUGUGUCCUAAUUAUGACUUUGUAUCUCAAUUUUUACUUUUUUGUUCAUAAUUAGGACGUUUUGUCUCAUAAUUUUGACUGUGAUGACUGUCUAUUUGUCAUACUUUACACUUAGUAAAGUUUACUACCUUAAAUUCGUAUCUCAUACUUUAGAGUUAAUAUAAUUUUAGAAUUUUUUGUCAUAGAUUUCUUAUUUUGGAUUUUUGUCAUAAUAAUUAAUUCUUAUCUCGUUAUUUUGACUUUAAAUUAGUGUCAUAAUUUUAGAUUUUCUUUUCUCAUAAUUUGACAAUCUUGAAUUGUUUCAUAAUUUUGAAACUUUAUCUCAUAAUUGACCUUUUUAUGUAUACGUUUUAAAUUUUUCCCAACUUUAAAAAAAUAUAAUGUAAAUGAAAUGGCCUUCCACAAAUUUUCACUCAGACCUCCAGAGAUGAUUCUUCUAUAAUGUGAGACACCAAUGCUGUAAUAUAAAUAAGGCUUGAUUUGUAUUAUUUUUAAACAUUUAGAAUGGAUAUGUUGUUGUUACUUCACUGACAGCGAUAUAAAUCUGUUUCUGUCCGAGACUCAAACUUCAGUGAGUCUGUUGGGAGUCUGCAGAUAUGAGAGGGAUGUUUGGUCGUCUUCGAAGUUGUUCAUCCCUGAUUUAACAUGAACACACUGGAGUCAAAUUCUGACUACUGUAAACAUUAACAAACGUUCCUGUUUGUGAACAAAACUCAUUCAUAAUUAAUCUGCAAACUUGUGGACAUCUGGAAAAGUUUCAAUGUAAGACUGCGCUUGUUCUCUGUGUUUGUGAAUAUGUACUGUAUACUGUUCCUGCUGGGCAGCAUGUGCAAACACACACGUGUGUGUGUGAUGGAGACUGAUUAAAAAUAGGAUUCAGCAGAAAAAAAAGCCUGUUUGGGUCUGUUAUGGUCAUAUAUGUUCACAUUUAGUGCCACUUACCAUCAGUUUUGAAGUGUGUCUUAUGUCGCAACAUUUAAUUCCCUGCUAAAUCUUGUUUGGUUUCAGCUUUUUGUGCUGUACUUUGUUUGAAGUCAAUUUUGGUGGUUUUAAAGUGUGGAAGAACAUAUCAUUUUUAUAGAAGUCGUUUACAUGCUCUAAAGUGAUGGCAACAUUGCAACAAUGCACAUUGUUUUAUACUUGCAAUAUUUCAGAGCACAUUCAGACAUGCAAAUACAUUUUUAUACUGUUA